AACGCGCGGCUGUUGAAACAGCCGGGGCAGAUUUUCAGUUUUCGCCCUUUUUUUGCCUGUUUUUCCCCCCCGGACGGGCUGAACGACGCCUGUGCCGCGGGGGGGGGGGAGCGGACACCCCUAAUACUGUGCAGGGCGUGCGGACACGAGUUGGCCGACGAGCGAGACGUCAAGUAUAUCCCCGGCCCUCUGUCGCUGUCCGACACGCUCAUCGGGGACAGACGCGUCCACGUGCAGGUUCCGGAAAACCCGCACGGGCGUCGGUUCGAGGUCAUCACGUUCCGGAGGGCGGCCGUCACUAGGCACUUGCCGCCCGACAAGGGCUCCUCUUGGUUUCCGGGAUACUCUUGGAUGGUGGCCACUUGCCCUCGAUUCCCCGCACGGCUGAAAUCGCAUGAAUGUGCACCCUCCUCAGGUUGGGCUUUUCAGCCCAGUGACUGGCCAGACACCAUGACAAACACAAAGCUGGGGGAGUCGGAGCACACCUUUCUGGCCUUGAUCACUCAUCGAUUAUUAAGAGAAGACUUUGCAUCCAGUCUGCUCAUGGUUCCAAAGUCUUUCACCCGCUGA